UUCCCUGUGUGAAGCUGAGUAAGCGUGCUCACAAGACUCUUGACUGCUCUCUGAUGUUUUGGAUUACUUUUGGAAGAAUGUCACUGGUCUACACCAUGAAGGCCAUCUUAAUGAUUCUUCUUGUCACUCUGCAUGUGGACAUUCUUGGAGCCAUUUCCUCCAAGGAACAUAUCCGUGAGAAGAGAGCCUGGAUUAUAGACUCAUUCAUCAUUGAGGAAGAACACCCUGGCCCUUUCCCAUAUGUGCUUGGGAAUGUAAAGGUUGAGCGGGAUUACCAAGUAGGAUUUUCACUACAUGGAAAGGGGGUGGAUGAGGAACCUAAGGGCAUCCUUUCCAUUGACAAAGAGACUGGAGUGAUUUAUGUUAAUGGAAAGGUUGACUAUGAGCAGCACCAGAAACUCAAGCUCAUUUUUGAAGCCAAAAAUAUGUCCAACAUGGUGGUAGACACUGUGCUUGGUGUUGAAGUAACCAUAAGUGAUAUAAAUGACCACGCUCCAGAAUUCCAAAUGGAGUUAUAUAAAACUUCACUUGAAGAAUCUACUUCACAAGGACAACAUGUCAUUGUAGUGCUUGCCACAGAUAAGGAUGCAAGAAACAGUCCAAAUUCGACCUUUGAUUACAAUAUUGUCUCUGUGGACCCCCAAACACCUAAUGUAGAGUUCUAUAUUAAAACAAAUGGAGCAAUCUCAUUCAAAGGAUGUUUGGACUAUGAGAAAGCAACAAAAUACACUAUCCUGGUGGAAGCCAAGGACCGUGGUGAGGUGAUACGACUUUCAAGCACUUGCACUGUCUUGGUUGACAUCAUAGACAAAAAUAACCACCUUCCCACUGUCAUUGGUCGCACAGGAACAGGCAGAGUGCAGGAGGGGAAAUCCGGGCAGGAAGUUCUCCGAUUACAAGCAGAAGAUAGGGAUGCAGAAAAUACCCCGGCCUGGAGAGUAAAAUACAGAAUAAAUGGAGACAACAGAAACUACUUUAAGAUAGAAACGGACCCAGAGACAAAUGAGGGAGUCUUAAGUGUGCAAAAGCCCCUAGAUUUCGAAGAGGGCCCAGAGAGGAACCUGUUCAUCAGCCUGGAGAACGAGGACCCAUACUUCUCCUGUGUGGUGAAAAGAAAGACCAAGACGGAGCUCUGGCAGGUGGUCACUGCUGACGGAACAAGUGGCACAGGCCUGAUCCCUGAGCCUGUCACAGAGAAAGUCAUCAUCGUUGUGGAGGACAUAAACGACCCGCCUGUGUUCACGCAUAAGGUGAAGAGUGUCAUGGUGGAGGAGGACGUGCCGGUUGGACAACUGCUAGAGCAAUUCACUGCUGUGGACAUGGAUCUCAGUUUCAACAAUGAAUUUGAAUACAGUAAAGGUGAUGACCCAGAUAACUGGGUGACUGUGGACCCUAAAACUGGUCAGAUAUCAACGGCAAAGCUCCUGGACAGAGAAUCACCCUAUGUGGUGAACAAUACUUACACUGUAACCUUGUAUGCAAUUUCUCAUGGUGAGACCCCUAUGACCGCGACCGCAACACUCACCAUCCACGUGGAGGACAAAAAUGACAACCUGCCCCAUUUGCUGUCUGAAAUGCUAGACAUGUGCAUGUCAGACGGGCCCACAUUUGCUAGUCUUACUGCCAUUGACUCGGACGAACCCCCCUACAGCGGACCGUUCCGUUUUGAGCUACUGGGGGACGUCAAGAACAAAUGGCACCUGGACCCAAAUUAUGGAACCACUAUAAACCUUGUGAAGGCCAAUACGGUUUAUGCUGGAGAACAUAAACUGAUGCUGAAGAUUUAUGACACGCAAGGAGCGUUCUUCAUACAAAACCUCGCUGUUACUGUGUGUGAAUGCUCUGUCGUGCCAAACUGCCAGGUCCGCAGUGCCACCAGCACCCAACUGGGCGGGAGUGCCGUCGGAAUAAUGAUCUGUGCAUUGCUGUUGCUAAUGGGUUUAGUGUUCUUGGUCUUCCUAAUAUCCUGCCGAAGUAAAAAAUCAGCCAUCCAGAUUGACCAAGGCUCUGGAGAGUAUUUGAUUCCAUCCAAUAUUGAGACACCAGGGACUGACUGUAAGAUUCCUUCAACAUUACUCCAAGUAGAUAAAGAAAAAAUGGAGUCAAAUCAUAUUCUAAGCUUGGAAACUGAACCAGUCCAGAUGGCUCAGCAGACCAUGCUACAAUCAAGUUUUCAAGGCCUGUCAAGUUUUUCGCAAAGUGCCAGGCCAACCCAACAGUUCCAACGUGGAAGUUUUAUGUAUAGGAGCUUGCCAAUGCAGUCACAGAGCAGAAGCAGCCAGUAUCAGGGAUCAACCUUCCAAAGAUCAUAUUCAAUAUCCAGAGGAGAUAGUCUCCUCAUGCAAAAUGAAGCCCUGAACUCUUUGCUUGGACAGAGGAUAUUUUCAAUCCAAACACCCGGUCAGGAGCUGUUCCAUUAUGAGCCUCGCGUCUACACCUAUGAGGAGGAUUUAGUGACUGACCCCCAGCUGGAUGCCAUUUCUAUCCCUGAAAGCGAAUUUGCCCCAGACAAGCUCCUGGAGUUAGGACCCCAGUUUAAUUACCUGGCCACUAUCUGCAACUCCACCCCACCAGCACAUUAGGAUGGUUUCACUGCAAGAGAAACACAUGGAUCAAUUACAGGCAGCUUAGAGGAUCUGAUGAGACUGCCGCUAAGGAAUGGCAAUUAUGUAUGCCAGAAAACAAGGGUCAUACGUUCCACAAGGUUUCAGAAGCAGAACUAUUGUCUCCUGUUCUCAUGCUGCCAUUUGAAGAAGAAAAAGUCUCCAGAAUUGAGAUCUGUACCGACAAAUAAUGUAGUGCAUUUCUAAGUUUGUGCUCUAGUAGAGGACGCUGGGUGAUAUGUGACACAGCCCACCUUGUGUAGGAUGUCUGGGAUUUGGCAUGCAGUGUCAUACAGUGCUGAGGUCUCUUCCAUUUCAAUGCAGUCAAUUCAGGAAAAAAAUCAGAAAUUCAACUCAUAAAUUUUAAAAUCUCCAUGGAAAAUUUGGGAAUUUUUAAACUAAUGAAUUUCAAUUCAAUUCCCAAAUUGCCUGAACUGAAAUGAAAUUUAUGCCAAGAAGGAGGUGAAAUGGUACUUGCCAUUUAUAAUGAGUAUACAAAACGAUCAAAUGGGGUUUAUGGAUCCUUGAAAGCAUAUUGGUUGAUCAUGCAGCACUAUAUUGCACAUGCAUUGUAGUGUGUUACCAUAUAGGGCAGCAGUGUUGCAUAAUGGUUUGGGGACUGAGCUUGUAAAUUUUAGGUUGUGCAUUUGGUUCACAGUUAAGGCACUGCAGUUGUACCCUUGUAAAUAUCUGACAGUUGAAAUGUACUACAUAAAAAUAAUGUAAGUUGCUCUGUAUAACAGCAUCUCCUAAAUGCCUAAAAUGUAAAUACCAUUCUGUCGUAGUGGUUCAGCACAAUACCUGUGAUUCUGUCAAUAGCAGAAGAGUAGUUUGAUAUAGCAUAUGUAAGGCACUGUUUGGGCUGUACUGAAUUUGGAUAAUGUAUAUACAUAGUGGGAGUGGGUUCCUGUUCUUACAUUUUUAAUAAAAGCCUGAAGAAAAUCUGUACUCAAAUUUCGGAAACAUAUUGUUGCACAUUUUGAGUAUUUCGUUGAUGUUUGUAGCAGAAAUGUUAUUUAAUUAUGAGUUAACAGCUGUUUCAGAAUGGGGUUUGUGAAAGGCUUAUAUAGAAACUGAUUAUAAUACUUGACCUGUUUUUAUUUUAAAAAUAUGUUGUGAAUUUUCAUUAUCCAAUAACAUAUUGUAUCCAUGCACAAGGCAACAAAACAUUUUAUAGACAUACUAUAGACAUAUAUUAUAUACUUAUGUUACAAUAUUUGGAUUUGAAAUCUGUUCAAAUCCAGACAUUAUUCUAUCCCUGAGGGAAACUGAUUUUGAAGUUUUGGAGUUGCUUUUUUCCCCCUUGUUCCACGCAUGCCCUGAAAUGUGGGGCUAUGGAUAAAAAGUACUGUCAUUUCUACAUGAUGAAACAAAAAUGUAUAAAAAUACUCUUUAAUAAAAACCGAGAAUGUGCACUUUA